AAGCGAUUUUGUCUUUAAACACCGUUUCUUCAUUUGUUCUCUACUGCUAUCGAUUAUCAUCCCCGGCGUGGGAGGUAUGUUAGCACGUCUUGGAACUCAGCUUUCUUAACACGGCUCCAUGCCAUUCGCAAUGGAAUUUUUGACACUACUCAUUGGUUACCUGCUGAUCUUUUCCUGUAUUACUGUUGUCUGCAUCUGUGGAGAACACCCCUCCUGUAUCAAUGGACCUCUGGGAUGGAUGAAGAAUACCAUAUCCAAGGGUUUGCUCUUCUUCAUCCCCAAAUCAGUUGUAGAUUGGAGUUCAAAAAUCUUUCACUAUGUAUACUUCCAAAGAAAUCCAACAAUGCAGAUUGUCUUUGGUACCUUGGUUCUAUGUGGUCAUGCCAUUGUUGUCAUUGAUAUCUUCCCAAUAUUGUAUGGUAUUUACCACGAUGACAACCAUGUAUUUGUUCCCAUGUUAUUGCUUUUUCUUAACCUCUUGGCUUUCUACAAGUUAUGUAAUGCAGACCCUGGAGAAAUCACCCAAAACAACCAUGCUCUCUUCAUUUCGAUUUAUGCCUUUGAUGGUGUCCUCUAUAAGAAGAAAACUGUUUGUAAGACUUGCAAUUUUGUUAAACCAGCCCGGUCAAAACAUUGUAGCAUUUGUAAUCGAUGUGUUCAUCGCUUUGACCAUCAUUGUGUCUGGACCAACAACUGCAUUGGAGCCCUAAAUAAUCAUUAUUUCAUUGCUUUCUUGUUGACCCUUAUUAUGAUGUGUCUGAAUGGCUUCUAUAUGGCACUACGUUCUAUUAUAGCCAUAGCUCACUUCUCAGGAAUGGUUCAUGCCAUGAUAAUGGAAUCUGAUGGGAAAAUGAUUCCAGUUUCACUUUCUGCAUUAGUACAGCAUCUCUUCAUGCAGUUUCCAAGGAUUAUUUUUCUAAUGGCUUCACUGUCUGUUCUCUCUCUCCUGAUUGCUGGCUUUACACUGUAUCAUAUUUAUUUAAUGUUUACUAAUCAGACCAAUAAUGAGCGACACAAACUUGGGACAUUCCAAAUUUCUGAAAACUGUCAUCAAAAUGAUUGUGAUUCUUCAAAAGUAACCAAACUUCCAAAGAAAAAACAGUGUAUAAAUUCAAGACCAUAUGAUAUUGGUAUUUUAAAGAACAUUGCACAAGUCUGCUUUCCAAGAUAUUAUAUUGAUAGACACAAGAAAAUUUUAAAUAAAUUUAAAUGAAAUGGUAA